GUUUCUUAUCAAAACUGACCACAGUAGCAAAAAUACCUUACAUGAUAAAAUAAAGUUUAGGCUACUCGACACCCUCAGGUGAGUUUGCGCCUCUCCCACACUGUACACCUGCUGCUGCUGCAUCCGGGUGCAGAGCGCGAGCACGAUCCAGUACAGCUAAUCUUGCACAGGAGGGAGUAUGAAUCCACAGGUUCAAGAAUUAUUCCAUGAGGACGCACAGGGUUCCCAGAGUAAUGCUCAACCUUGGUGGAAGGUGCAGCUCUUCGUUUGGGAACCUGUCCUUUUCGGGACGUGGGAUGGAGUCUUCACCACCUGCAUGAUCAAUAUAUUUGGUGUGGUACUCUUCUUGCGCACUGGCUGGCUUGUGGGUAACACAGGCGUGUUGCUAGGCAUGCUCCUGGUGUCACUGGUGGUGUUGGUUGCCUUGGUUACAGUGAUGUCAGGUAUUGGUGUGUGUGAGUGUUGCAGCGUGGGUAAUGGUGGUGUCUACUCUAUGAUGUCCACUGUGCUUGGAGGAAGGGUCGGAGGAACUGUGGGACUCCUGUAUGUGUUUGGACAGUGUGUAGCUGGAGCACUGUACAUCACAGGAUUUGCAGAGUCCAUUGCGCAGGUGCUGAAUUUACAGAGUGUGUGGGCAGUGAGGGGCAUCUCUGUAGCUGUUCUGCUGGGCUUGCUUGGGAUUAACCUGGCCGGGGUGAAAUGGAUCAUACGCCUUCAGUUGGUUCUGCUCGCCAUUUUAGCUCUGUCAACUCUGGAUUUUGUCAUUGGGACAUUUAGUCAUCUAGAUCCAGAGCAUGGAUUUGUUGGCUAUUCAGAGGAACUGCUACAUAAGAACACCCUGCCAGACUACACGGCUGGCGAGACUUUCUUCACUGUGUUUGGUGUUUUCUUUCCUGCGGCGACAGGUGUGAUGGCGGGAUUCAAUAUGAGCUCCGAUCUUCAGAGGCCCGAGCAUAAUAUCCCCGUGGGAACUUUCGCUGCAGUCUGCACCUCGUGGUUCCUGUAUUUGGUCUUUGUCUUCUUGCUGGGAGCCAUUUGCACCAGAGAGGCGCUGCGCUACGAUUUCUUAAUAGCGGAAAAGGUCUCCUUGGUUGGUUUCCUGUUUUUGCUGGGCCUCUACAUCUCCUCCCUGGCCUCCUGCAUGGGUGGCCUUUAUGGUGCACCCAGGAUCCUUCAAUGUAUCGCCCAAGAGAGAGUCAUCCCAGCUCUUGGAUUUCUUGGGAAAGGGCGAGGGGCCAAUAAGACCCCUGUGGCUGCCAUCUGUCUGACUAGCUUGCUCUCUAUGGCCUUCAUCUUCAUCGGCCAGGUGAAUGUGCUGGCUCCCAUCGUCACCAUCAACUUCAUGCUAACCUACAGCGUGAUUGACUACUGCUACUUCUGUGUUGUGAAAAGCCAUGAGCUGCAGGUCCAGCAAAGGAAGACGUUAAUCAGAAGGUCGAGCUCCAGGAGAACGCUUGUGUCCACUACUCACCCUCAUUACGGCAGCAGUGGAGCCAUAAGUGACCCCAUGAAUGGCACACUACUGGAGUUCACCAAAGACAUGGACCAGAUAUUUCCAUUGCCUAGCACAGACAGCGCUGAAGAACAGAGAGUGUCUAUUCCUACCUCCAAGGCCCGAGGCCGGAAGUCAAAGAUUCCAGCUAAAGAAACACUGAUGAACAGUUUUGGGUUGGACUUGAACAGCAAUGGACCAUUAGAUAAAGGGAAAGAUAAAAUGGAGCCAGAACAAGCUGUUGGAUUAGACGAUGAUACCAGCAGCCAGAUAGGACUGAUGGAGACUGACCUUACAACAGGAGACAAGAGGAUACAAUCUUUGCCUAAUUCUGGCCCAGUGGAACUUGAACAGUUCCCGGUAGAGCUGAUAGACAGGAAUGGUUCAGAGCCAAAUCUUGAAGGAUCAGAAAUCAGAUCUAUAGACUGUUCAGUGUAUGCAAAAUUUUGCAACCACUGGGUCUCAUUAAUUGGUGCAUUGUGCUCUUUUACAAUAAUGUUUGUCAUCCAGUGGAUGUACGCCUUGAUUAACAUUUCAGUCGCCCUUAUCCUCUUUAUCUACAUUGGAACAACAAGCCCAGGUUUGCCAACAGGUGCAGCUGCUCGUUUCAGCUUCUUUAGGUGGCUCAAGACCUCUCUGAGUAAUUUGGGCAGACGAGAUGGGGCCCGUCAGGACCAGAUUGUGGUGACACCCUCUUUGUCAGGUGUUGGCAUGGAGACCAAGCAGCUGACAGAGGAAAAUGCGGACUUUGCCCUCCGUGAUCGUUACCAUCACUCCUCCUUUAUCACCACGACAGACAAGAUCGUCCAUUCGCAGUCCAGCUGAAUGAGUUACAACUGUGACCUGCUAACCGACUUGACUCAACCAGUUCAAGCACAUGUGGACAGAGUUCUGGCUGAAUUAUUUUGACUGAAUGAUUUAUGAUCACAAGUAGCACUUGAAUAUUCUUUUUUUCUCAGGUAGUACUCAGGGACUGGUUCAUUUGUUUUCUUGUAAAAUCUGCAGAAAAUGAUAAUGUUUGUCUGAAAAUGGGGAAUGAGCAACCAGAAUCAUGCAUUGUGUUUCAUUAUGCCGUGUUCUACUCUGGUCAAGUCUGUAAUGUAACAUUUGAGUGUGGUUUUUGAGUAUAUUCAUAAACAAUGUGCAUAAGGUUUAAUAUGCAUCCAAAGCAUUUGAAUAUCAGGUUGUAUCACUAAAGUAAAUUUAGUCUUGGCCUCAUUGAGUUCAUGUACAUUACACGCAUUAAUUUAUCCCAAAGAUUAUCAAGGUGUUCCCAAAUGAUUCCUACACCCCUGAAUGCAUUCAAUUAUUGAAAUGUAAUGAUUAUCUGCCAAAAAGAUUCUAGAUUUUUUUUAAUUAGUUAGGACAUGUCCCCUGACAUUUAUUGCUAUGCACCUGAACAUGCACACUAGAGUAUUUGUGGGAACUAGAAUCACACUACAUCUUUUGUAGCGUACAACAUGACUAAAGGCACACAUUAAGGAAAAUGUGCACUUUUACUGGUCACAAAGUGUAUCAAAAAUGCAUUUAUUUUUGUAGAAUGAUGGAGAAACAUAAUUUGAGUGUAAAGAAAUGAUAACGGAAGGUGACAAGGGAGCCUUUUACCCCAUACUUUGGGUUAAAGUCCCCCAGGGGGGUUAGUGAUGAUGUGUAAAUAUAUGGACAAUAUUUUUAUAUUGUUAUAGGGCAAAAUUUGUCAAAACAGGCAAAUGUUUUUGAGACAGCAAGAUGCUUUUUUUGUUGUUGUAACAAAUUAAGAUAAUGCAGACAUAUAUCAUGCAAUUAUCUAAUCAGUCAUUUGUGUGGCAACUUUGCAAUGCAUAAAAUCAUUCAGAUAUGGGUCAGGAGCUUCAGUUAAUGUUCACAUCAACCAUAAGAAUAGAGGAAAAAAUGUGAGCUCAGUGAUUUCCACUGUGGCAUGAUUGUUGGUGCCAGAUGGGUUGGUUUGAGUAUUUCUGUAAUUGCUGAUCUCCUGGGACUUUCAUACAAAACAGUUUACUCAGAAUGGUGCCAAAAACAAAAAGCAUCCCAUGAGUGGCAGUUCUGUGGAAGGAAAUGUCUAGUUAAUGAGAUAGGUCAAUGGAGAAUGACCAGAGUGGUUCGAGCUGACAGAAAGGCUAUGGUAACUCGGAUAAUCACUCUGUACAAUUGUAGCGAGCAGAAUAGCAUCUCAGAAUGCACAACACGUCGAACCUUGUGCUGGAUGGACUUCAACAGCAGAAGACCACGUCUUACACUUUAUUAGAACCAUAGUGUUCCAAAUAAAGUGCUCAGUGAGUGUAGACUGUAUAAUGUACAUGGUAAAUACAAAAUUGUUUUUUUAUUUGUCUUGAGAGCGAGAAUAAAAGAA